AUGGCAACCCUUACUAAUAUGGAAUCUAAAGGCUCUUUCCGCAUUCAGAAUUACAAAAAAAACGAAAAUGUAUCUAUGAAUGGUUCAAUUUCUACGCAAUCAAAAUUUGACGAGAUCCACGCUAAAAUCGAACAAAAGCUGGAAGGAGAAUAUUCAGGCAUUAUAAAGAUCAAUUUUCCUGCUGGAGAACUUGGCGACCUUAAAGUAUGUGAAGAUAUCCAUAAUGCCUUCAAUGCUGAAAUAAUCGGAGAUAAUCUAUUCAUCAAAUGUGAUGGUGGAGAAAAGGAGAGAAUUCAUACAAGACUCGAAAAUUCGUUCGAAAGCCAAAAUCAAUGGUGGGCAAGUAGCAACACUUUAUGUGUAGUCAGAGGCAACCAGUACAGACCUGAUGUAGGUGUGUGGUUUCGAGCCCCAACUCUUCCACAAAGAAGGAUGCCGAUCGUUUUUUCAUGUCCACCUCCAAAUGUUUGGAUUGAGCGAUCGUAG